AUGCCACCGCCAAACAGAAUCCUCACAUCGCCUAACCCUCCCUCGCCCGAGCCAGGGACAGUCCUCCUCGAAACACCACGGCUCAUCCUCCGCCGCUACAAGCUGUCAGACGCUCCGACGCUCGCCUCCGUCGGGGACCAUGAUGAAGUUGCCGCUACCCUCAGCGACAGGUUCCCGUCACCCUACACCGUCGAAGCCGCCUCCGAGUUUAUAGCAACCUGCGGCAACGGCGCGGAUCCGCACUAUCCCACACACGGGGCCAUCAUGCUCAAGCCCAACACGCCGGAUAACCUGACGACGGCGCCGGUCAUGAUUGGGGGCUUUGGAUUUCUCCCGCAACAGGAUGUCUUUUACAGGACGUGGGCAGUGGGUUAUUUCCUGACCCCGUCGGCCUGGGGCAAGGGAUAUGGUACGGAGGCGAUUGCCGCGGCGGUGCGGUGGGCGUUUGAGACGUGGCCUGGUUUGCUGAGGGUUGAUGGGCGGGCGUUCUCGUCGAAUCCGGCGAGUGUGAGGGUUAUGGAAAAGAGCGGGUUUGUGAGGGAGGGCGUCAGGAGGCGGGCGGUUGAGAAGGGCGGCGUUGUUUGGGAUAUUGUUGCUUUGGGGGUUGUGAGGAGUGAUUUGGGGUUAGGAUAG